GUGUACUUGGUGAAGGAGAGCUGGUAGCAUCCCAGGUGAGGGAGUAGUGGAUCCUGUGCUGGGACACCAGGAAGGGGUGGCCUUCAAACAUCAUUAACAGGGAAGCCGUAAACAUGCCAAACUGCAUAGUCGACAACUGUAAAUAUUACUCUGGGAAGAAGUUGAAAUGCCCUGAUGUGACAUUGCACGUGUUUCCUAAAAAUGUGGACAUAAUCAAAAAAUGGCUGCUGCAAGUACAAGAGUCAGGCCAGAGUUUUGGCGACCUAGACGAGUUUGUGCAACGCGUUUACGAUGGUAAAAAAAGUGACGUUUUUCGAAUUUGCUCACAACACUUUGCUGAAGACUGUUACACAUAUCAAGUAGUUCAAAAAAGAAUAAUGAAGAAAGACUCGAUACCUACAAUAUUUACCAGGCAGAACGAAGAGGAAGAGAUAUCAGACUUUAACGGACUAUCAGCCAGGAGAUAUCGGAGGAAGGGCAGAUUGGAUUCAUCAUUUGAAAAUGGGCAGCGGGAAUUAUUUCAAAGCUUGGUUAAUCCACUGUCUGAGAUGGAUGAGAUGUUUGGUGAGAUGAAGCAAGACUCUGUCCUGCAAUCCUCUCUUCAUGAUUCCGUGAGUGAAGUUGAUGGCAUUCAGCCUUCCAUGAACCAGAAAUUGGAUGGUUUGUGUGAAUUCAGUCCAUUUGACAAGAACCGGGCCAGGGUCUCGGACCAUCUAGUUGACUCCGUGUUCAUAAAAAAGGACAGGAAUCGGGUGACUGAAAGAAUCUUGUCUCUCACCCUGCAGAUUAUCUACCUGCUGACUGGAGAGGAUUAUACGGUCAUGAAGAAGUCUGGUGAACAUGUGACACACAGCAAAGGUCCUUGUGUAUCAGAAGAAUUAUUCAGGCCCACAAGUCCCAGCACUGUGCCACUGAUAAAUGAGAGACUGAAUGAGAAGAAGAUCCUGGAACUGACCAAUCAGAUCAUCCAGCUGCUGACUGGAGAGGUUCCUAUAAGGUGUGAGGAUGUCACUGUCUAUUUCUCCAUGGAGGAGUGGGAGUAUCUAGAAGGGCACAAGGAUCUCUAUAAGGACGUAAUGAUGGAGAAUCACCAGACCCUCAGCUCACUGGAUGGAUUCUCAAAGAGAACUACAGCAUCUGAUGCCUUUUCAUCACAAUAUUGUACGAGUGAAGUUAAAAAUGUUAAUGAACUCACAGUAAGAAAACAAUUUACUGAGAAAUAUAAAGCAAGAAAGGGGCAGGACAAAUACAGCGCACAUGAGGAACAAUUCGGUUUGGAUGAAGGACAUCACACAGACACUUGUACACCCACAGACUAUAAAUUAAUCCGUAUUAAAGAGGAAUACUACUCAGAUGAAGAUGAUGGUCUCUCGGAUGCUGACCUUCAUACACCCACAGAUUACACAGAUACAGAAUAUCAAUCAACUCAUAUUAAGGAAGAAUUAGCCUUGAGUGAAGAAGGAAAUCUUACAGACACCGACAUGUAUGCAAACACAGAAUAUCCACCUACUGACAUUAUGGAGGAAUCCGCCGCUUGUGAAGAUGGAAAACUCACCGACCUGCAGAAUUACUGGAAAAAGAACUGUAAUGCACAGAAAACAAAUAAAGCAUUGUCACAAACUCCAUGCACGAAGCUUAAUGAAACAUUAAAUAAGAAAUCCACGACACAACACCAAAAUAUACUCUCCAAAAAAGAGAGGCAUAGCAAUUUCAAGAGCCAGAAAAGUUUAACUUUGAACUCUGAUCUUAUUGGCAAUCAGACGGUACAGCAGCAAAACAAAAUGGCGUGUUCGGAAUGUGGAAAACAGUUCCUAUAUAAAUCAUAUCUUGUGAUACAUCAGAGGAUUCACACAGGAGAAAAACCAUUCUCAUGUUCAGAAUGUGGGAAAUGUUUUAGUCAGGCGUCACACCUGACUGCCCAUCGAACAGUUCACACAGGAAUAAAGCCAUUUGCUUGCUCUGAAUGUGGGAAACGAUUUGCUCAAAGCUCCCAUCUUGAGAAACAUGAAAGGAUUCACACAGGAGAGAAACCAUUUUCCUGCUCUGAAUGUGGGAAAUCUUUUUCUAUUUAUGAAAAUCUUAUGACACACCAGAGAAUUCACACUGGAGUCAAACCAUUCAUAUGUUCGGAAUGCGGGAAAAAAUUCACCCGUCUUUCAUAUCUUGUUUCACACCGGAGGACUCACACGGGUGAGAGACCAUUCUCCUGCUCUGAAUGUGGGGAACGUUUUACAAAGAAAUCGGGCCUUAAAGCCCACGAAGCUGUUCAUACAGGACGAAAACCAUUUUCCUGCACAGACUGUGGAAAGUCGUUUAGUUUCCGUGGAAAUCUUGUAACUCAUCAGAAGAUUCACACAAAAAAGAAACCGUUCACGUGCUCUGACUGUGGGAAAUGUUUUUCAGGCCGUUAUUAUUUCAUCAAACAUCAGAGGACUCACACAUGAGUUACAUUAUCAUGUCCUGAAACAUAGGAAAAUCACAUGGUGAUAAAAUGACUCCUGUACUAUGAAUAAGCAUUGAUCUGGUGUUUAGAACUCUAUUAACACAUCAGUUGGUGCAAAAGAGUACUUGCUCACAUAA